AGAGUGGAGCAUCCCCUAAAUUUAGCGUGCCGUGCCCCUGGAUUGUAGGUGCAGCGUGUCCAGCUCAGGUCAGCCUUGUUAACCUCCAGCUCAGCUUUAACUCGAGCUACGCUUCCAGCCACGACCAUCCCCAUCUCUGUCUCCGAACUUCGACAAGUCGCAGAAAUGUCUACAAUAGCUUCACCCCGCGAUCCUCCUCGCCGUACUCCUACAAACUCCAACCGUCCCUCAUUCGAAACCUCCCGGUCCGCACUGGCCUCUCCCGUCCUCACACAAGGGCCUACACAGCCUCCUGGUCCUCCUCAGCAACAGCAACGCAAAACGUCUUCCAAUCGCGCUGCUCUUCGCGAGUACUACAAUCUGCGCGCCUCAGCCCCUCGUAUAGAGGUUCCCGAUUCUGAAGUCCCGGCUACCGAGAUCGAUGCCCCUGACUUUAACGCCGAUGAAUAUGUCGCCAAAGUUGUUGAGAAGAGCAGUCUUGAGGAGCUUUUGAGGCUAUAUACACGAGUCGUGGGAGAAGUGCGCGCUCUGGAUGCGGAGAAGAAGGCCCUAGUAUACGACAAUUACAGUAAGCUUAUUACAGCAACAGAGACUAUUCGCAAGAUGAGAGCAAAUAUGGAUCCUUUAAAUCCUAUGGCCUCAACACUCGACCCAGCCAUUGCCCAAAUCUACAGCCAAGCAUCCUCCAUCCGAGACGCCCUUCGGGAAACAGUUCCCUCACCAGAUUCCGAGGAGGGCAAGAAACGAGACGCAGCAGCCAGGCAACAACGGACAAGACAACUCGCAGCGCAGGUUCUAGCGACACCUGAAAGAUUACGUGUUCUUGUCAGUGAAGGAAAGAUUGCACAAGCGCGCAAAGAGUGGGUGAUGCCACGAAAACUGCUAGAAUCAUGGAAAGAGAAAGGACUUGGUGGUAGUGAUGUCGAGGAGUGUAUCGAAGAGGGUGACGAGACGUUGAGACAAAUCGAUGAUAAGAGCAGCGCUUCAAGUCCGAGGAUAUCAAGGGACGAACGGCUAUCAAGAGAUGAAAGACGAUCAAGAGAUAGCCGGGUGUCAAAAGACGGACGGUCAUGAACUGCAAGUUACGAAAAAUACCCAAUGAUUCAUUGUAACCUCUGAUUACCCCCCAGGGCUAAUGGAGGGUUUUAUAAAAUCCUGUUAUUCAACAUCAUGAAAAUAAUUUAUUUCAAUUACAGCAUUUCUGUUGCGCCAAGUCGCAGCUUGUCUGAGAGCUACUAUCUGGA